AUGGCCACCAUCUACAAGGGCAAAAGCCUGGCCCAGAUCAGCAACGAGACCAUGGCCGGUCUGAGCGAGAAGGCAAAACCGACCCCAGGCAGGUCCUCCAACGGAAUAGCCACCGUCAACGUCCUCUCCACGGCGGUUGCCCGAAACAGGCCGCCCGCCGACCCGCAGACGCGAUCCGACUUCGGCUUCGACAACCUCCUCAGCUUCCUGCCCGACGACGAGCACAGGCUGCUGGGCGUCUACAGAGCCCUGUACGUGCCGUCCAAGACCCUUCGCAGGUGGGCGUCCAGGGGCCGGAAACACCUCGGCAAGAGGAUCGUUUCGACGCUGGAGAUGCACCGCGAUACGUCGCCCCGCGAGUACCAGUUCGUCAUGGACAACCUCUACAUCUGGGGCCUCGAGGACAGCCAGGACGCCUGGGCGAUGGCCAGCCUGGAGUACGACAGGCUGCUCAAGGGCGGAUGUCGUGGUCUGUUGGGGGAGGCCAGCGGCGAGUAA